AUGGCACCCAAAGAGAUCCGCUGGGGCAUCCUCGCGACCGGCCUGAUCGCCGAGACCUUCACCAAAGACCUGCUCGUAGACCCGGCCACACGCGGCGUCACCAACAUCAAGCACGUGGUGACGGCGGCCGCCAGCUCGUCGAGCGCGGACCGCGCAGCCAAGUUCCUGAAGACGGUGGGCGCGUCGUCCGAGGCCAAGGCGUACGGCUCGUACGAGGAGCUCGUCAAGGACCAGAACAUCGACAUCAUCUACAUCGCUACGCCCCACUCGCACCACUACCAGAAUGCCAUGCUCUGCCUCAAUGCCGGCAAGAACGUGCUGUGCGAGAAGGCCUUCACGGUCAAUGCUGCGCAGCUGAAGGAGCUGGUUAAGAAGGCUAAGGAGAAGAACCUUUUCCUCAUGGAAGCCGUCUGGACGCGCUACUUCCCCAUCUCGGUCUACGUGCGCGAGCAAAUAUCAUCCGGGCGCCUCGGCAGCGUGCAGCGCGUAACAGCGGACAACUGCGUAGCGCUGGAUCCAGAAAAUGCGUUCCCAGACGGGAAGCACCGGAUGGUGAACCCGGACCUGGCGGGUGGCGCGCUGCUGGACCUGGGCAUCUACUCCCUGACAUGGGUGUUCCAGACGCUGUACACGACGCAGCCGGCGGCGGAGCGGAAGGCGCCGACGGUGCAAGCGGCGCUGAACACGUACGCACCGACAGGUGCUGCUGACGAGCUCACGACGAUACUGCUCUCGUUCCCGACGGCGCAGGGCGCCAAACAUGCCGUCGCGACGACGGGGCUGCGCAACGCCACGGACCCGGACAAGAAGGGCACGGCGGGGCCGGCGUGCCGGAUUUCGGGCGAGAAGGGCGAGCUGCAGGUGUUUGCGCCGCUGUUUCGGCCGACGCGCACGCGCCUCAUCCUCACCGACGGCACGGUCGAGGACAAGGAGUGGCGGCACCCCGGGCCCGGCAAGGGCUCCGGCUGGUACAACGGCUUUGCGGGCGAGAUGAACCCGGAGGGCGAGGGCCACGGCAUGUUCUGGGAGGCGGACGAGGCGGCGACGGCGCUGGUCGAGGGCCGCAAGGAGGGCCGCUAUGAGGACUUGAGCGAGAGCGUCGUCAUUAUGGAGGUUAUGGACGAGGUGAGACGGCAGGGCGGCCUGAAGUAUCCUGAGCGGAUCGAGAGCACGGAGUGGCCGCUUAGUUUGUAGGCGUGCGAUUACUGCGGUAGGUAGGUACGUCCUAGGUACGUAGGUGAGGUAGUUAGGAAACGAUGAGAUGGAGACGGGGUUAUCUACUCCUGCUAUUUUAUAUACGCCUUGCGUCUGGUCGU